UUUCUUAUUUUAAAGACCUAUAUUAAACUUGAAGUUUCAAAAAGUUUAAUAAGAUAACUUUGUAUGCCACGUCCUUAUAACUUGAGUGUACAUACAGAGCAUUUGUAAUGUCUGUAAACGGGAAUCCAAAGAUUCGCCCCGAGGUGUGCAAUGAAUCACGGCAGAAAACGCUACAAUUACAGCUGCAAGGUGUCCCCUCAGUAUCUGUUCUACUGCACAGGAUCGUAUAUCUGAAUAUCUGAAAGGAGAAGAAGAAAAAAAAAACUCAAAGAUCAAGUCUCCUCAUGUUUUGUUGGAGGGUGGUUUCCCAGACUGUCCAUCCCCUACGCAGUUGUCUCUGUACACUAUGUGGCCACAAAUCCUCCCUUUCCAAAAUGAGUUUCGGAAGUUGAGCACUCCUCCUGGUUUGACUUGGGCGCAAAAAAGACACUCAACCAUGAUAAUACCAUAAGUUCUAAUGGGGAAGUCUCGCUUUCACUGGCUGUGUUUCCCUUUUCUAAAACUCACCAGCAGCUUUCGGAGGUGCCCUCUUUCAAAAAGUAGUUUGAUAAUUGCGAGCGUGUGUGUUGUCUAUUUGUUUUUUGUUGUUUCACAAGUUGGAUACUCGCAGCAGCACCGGGACAGGAGGACAGAUAAAGACAAGUACCGACACACCCGUGGAUUGUAUAAUUUGGAUGUUAAUGAUGCGCUGCCAGAUUCCGUGGAUUCGCAAACUGGUGCGAGCUUUGUUGUCCCGACACGGUCCAACGUGGUGUACAUAACGUUAAAGUCAAAGCGCCUGAAACCAGCCAAUAUACGGGGCACAAUCAGACCAAAACUGAGGAGAAAAGUAAGAAGGACUAAGUCGGCUAAUUCAGCUUUUACGCAGAGCAAACUUGGCACUUUGGAGCAGGAUGCGGGUCAAAUCAAGCACAACUUUACACGCAAGGCUUCCUGGGGAGAAACCAAGGAUGUUGAUUAUAAAACAUUGGAUAUAAUCCAUAAAUCUCAUAUAGAUGCACAAACAAACUCUCACGUUAGUUCUAUCCGAAUUUACAGCCAGAGGGCACCGCCAUGGUUCAGCCCAGAGGACGUGAAAGCCAUGCGCUUUCUUGCGGAUGCCAAGGUUUUGCGCGUCAAAGAAGUUUCACGUGGAGUCUCUUCAUCACUUCUGAUAUUUGAGGGCAAGACAGGAAGUCCAGUGAGCGACCACAAAAACGCAAAACUGACCUAUGUAUGUGGAGGACAGUGUGGAGUAAUCAACAGCCCCGUGGACACCACCGAAGUGUUCGCUUUUCAUCUGGACAGGGUGCUGGGACUCAAUAGGACAUUACCAGCUGUAAGCAGAAAGUUCAGCUUAUUACACGAUGGCCAGCCCUGUCCAGUGGUGUCAUGGGAUGCAUCUCUCUACCCAGAAGGCCUUGCUGCAGGCUUGUCCACUGUGAAGUUAACAUGGGGGAAAUACCAGAGCUCCCUGAAACAGAGGUGUUGGCAUAAAAACACCAGCCCAAAGCCUGACUCUGGCUGCUCCACAGUUCAUCACUAUGAGUGGAGUAAACUAGCUCUGUUUGACUUCUUGUUGCAGAUUCACAACCGUCUGGAUCAGAGCUGUUGUGGAUUCAGGCCCAGGCAGGAGGAUGCGUGUGUGGAACUCGGCCACCAUGCUGAAUGUGGGGACCAGAACCAAAUACAACUGACAAACAUCGUCCACAGAGGUCACGAUCCUAGACACCUGGUCUUCACCAACAACAAGGGGUUCUUUGACCGCAACGAGGACAACCUGGACUUCAGGCUCCUGGAAGGAAUCAAAGAGCUUCCAGAGCAUGCUGUGUCGGUCUUGAAGAGUAGGAGACUGAGGGAGAAGCUCCUCCAGUCCCUGUUUCUGGAUCAGAUAUACUGGGAGAGCCAAGGUGGCCGGCAGGGCAUCGACAAGCUGAUCGAUGUAAUUGAGAGGCGGGCCAAGGUCCUCCUGACUUACAUCAAUGCUCAUGGGAUCAAAGUCAUCACAAUGAAUGUGUGACGAGAGUCAUAUCUGUCGAAAGGCCAAAUUAUUGAGACAUAGAUAAAGUACAUUGAUCCCUGUGACUUCACUGUGUCCUUUCAGAAUGUCCUUAAACAAGACACUGGAGUUUUAUCCACUUACGAUUUGGAUAAAAACAUCAACUAAGUUCUAAAACUGUUACACACAUUUUAGUUUAUGUCAAUUCAUUAAUGCCAAUUAAUAUCACAAGAUUGUGAGAGCACAUCCUGUCAUGUAACACCAGCCCCAAUUGUCAGACCAUGUCAUUUAACAAUAAAAGAAUGGAAAAAUUAAGAUUAAGAUAAAUGAGAAAUUAUAUAUUUUUUAUGACUGCAAAAAUAACUUUUAUCAUAUUGCUAAUGAAGGACCUAUUAUAAAUGAUCUACUAUACAUUUAAAACACUAAGCAGCAGCAACAUUGUGCAGAAAUGGGUGUUUUUGCGAUUUAGCACCCCCAGAGUGCAAUAUCAUUAUUGUAAAUAUAAACAGAUGUACACAUGCAUUUGUUACUUGUGUGUUACUUAUGAUCAAAAACUAGCAAGUCUAGCCAGUGUUACUUACUGCUGAUGUUACUGUUACUUACUAGCCCAACAGCAAGAAGCCCAGCUCGGUGUCUGUCUUUCAGUCUUUUAUUUCACCAAGCUCUCACCAACGACUAAAAGGUAGUCUCAGAUAUAACCCUAUCCAGUUUUCACACUCUCUUUUUCUCUCCUUAGCUUCUGAUGUCAACAUCCCCUUCUAUCUUUUUGCUUCUGCCAUUAUGUCCAUAGAGACUGCUGAGCCUGGUUACAUUGCCUGCUUGCCCAGCUCAGGUUCUGGCACGACACUGUCUCCGCUCCAUGUCUGCAUUCCAAUGUGCCUCAGGUCUGAAGACCUUCUUGUCCCCGUUAUCCAAAAUGCCUGUGGGCCAAGCACAGUCCAGCUAUAGCUAUAGCUAUAGCAACUGUCUGUCUAUAGUAUGCAGCAGUUACUGUCAGUUUACUGUCUGUCAGAAAAUCUUGUAAAGCGAGAGUUGAGGCAUUACUUACUUCUCACAGAGGGUUGCAUAGCAGAUUCUGUGCCCUGUACAACUGGGCACAGAGUGGAAAUGUCAGUUAGCAUUCACCUGGUUACCAGUCAGUGUAUCAAAAUGAUUUAAAAUCUGUUAUUUUAUGGGAGAAAAGUUACACAGUGUUGCUCUAAUAUAACCAAUUUUGACAUUUAAAGUGAGCCUAACCUUAAAUUAAAGUCACAAAUUUUACUUCCUUUCAAGUAUUCUGUCUUCCCCAGAGGCGAAUCUGCAUCUAUCUUCAUGUACAGUAACUUGUAAAGAUAACUUUUGCUCCUCCUGAGGCCUUUCAGGAAGUGCAAUUUACAUUACGUAUGAAUGGAAUGCACUAAAGAUUUCCUUCUUUUCUCCUGAGGUGAGUGACAAGAAUUGAGAUGCUGAUAGAGCCUCUUAGCGUAGCCACAACCCAAAUCCGCUUGGCUUGAUUAGGGUCACACAUUACACACUGAAAAAGAUUUCAAUCUUAAUGAGUUAUUUAAACCUGUGUACAGUUCUUUUUUAACAAAUCUCCCAAGUCAAAGUGUUUAAACAAUCAUACGCUUAAGAUCCAAUACAGCAUUGCAUAUUAUCAUGAACAGUGUAAAUUCUGAAGCAUGUCUUGUCAUAGUGUCUGUAUAUUAUAAACUUUAAGAUGAGAAUUUAGAGGGAAUUAUUCCUUUUAUGUGCACUCUUAUUUCCAACUAUAAAAAACACCUUCACUUGUAACCAUUUUCUCUGUAUUUAUUUAUUUUUGUACUUUAUUUUUUAAUUGUUAAAGAUGUUUCAGCAUCUGAGUGGCAAUAAAAUCAUUUCAAUAUGUA